CCGCCUUCAGGACCGCCCACUCUUCCCCACAGCUGUGGAGGAGUUGAGUGACUGAGGCUGACUUUUCGCCGAGGCCUUUUUCAUUAAUCUUCAGCGAAGUAGGCCGGAAAACCGAGUGAAGUGGCGAACGGAGCAGCACUGCAGCCUUUUCUCUCACCAGCUGUGCUCGUCACUUCGUGAAGAUGAUGACCGACCCUGUUGACCCGUAUAUCUUCUCCUCUGACACGCUUCCCUCUGACCCCCGGUUCCUUCCUCCACUUGCCAAUGGGCAGCUGGGCUGGAGAGUGUUUGGGACAAUCAUGCACAUGGGUGGAAUUUAUAAUGGAGAGAAAGGAGCCUGUCACCGUGCAGAUAUACCGUGUCCACUGGCAGUCAAGAUGAGGACAGAGGAGGAGGGAACACACUCGUAUACUUUGGACACACACACUGGUAUAUUCACUCACUCUGUACUUACAUCUCAGGUGCAGGCGUCCCAGCUGUUUUAUGCACACCGACAGUAUCCCAACUUGCUGGUCAUGGAGGUGUUUCUGAAGCGCCAGAAGACCACUGAGGAACCCAUCACAGUCACUCUUGACAGUUCCUUCACCCCAUAUAGUGAUGACAUCACCUUCCAAGAUGCUCCUGAUUAUAAAGGAGGGAGGCACAUCUUUGGGCAGACUAAAUCCCCGGAGGUCCCUGGAGGUUUUAGUCCCAGCGUGCAUCUUAUCUGGACCCCGCUGACCUCCUCGGUCACUCUUCUGCCUGACCAGAGCCAGUCUCGCUGGGGCUUCCUGGUAGCAGCUGCAGAGAGCAGUGAGAGUGUCCAGGCUUGUUUUGACAUUGGCCUGGAGCUCUUUGAACAUGGUGACCUGCAGACUUCCCAUCUAAGGGCUUGGGCAGAACUGUGGCUGGGCAGUAGGGUGGAGCUGGCAGGACCAUUACCCUUGAGUCGAGCUGUUAUUGGCUGCAUGUUCUACCUCCUCAGUGCUUUUCCCUCACUCACAGAGGCACCAAGUCUUUUUGGGGGCGUCAGCCCUGGAGGACUGUCCAACGGGGGACAGGGGCAGGAUUACUGGGGACAUGUCUUCUGGGAUCAGGAUACAUGGAUCUAUCCCAGCAUUGCCCUUUUUUAUCCUAAACUGGCCAAAGCUGUCCUGGAUUACAGAGUGCGGACAAUAGAAGGUGCCAAAGCCAAUGCUGAGCAGCAGGGCUAUAAGGGCUUGAAGUUCCCAUGGGAGAGUGCUGUAUCUGGUCAGGAAGUCUGUCCAGAUGACAUUUACGGACAACAGGAGAUCCAUAUUAACGGAGACGUAAUUCUUGCUUUCCAGCAAUACCUCUACCUCACACAGGACCUUGAGAUGUUUAAAGAGGGGCGUGGCAGUGAAGUGGUUUGGGGCGUGGCUGAUUAUUGGGUAUCUCGAGUUACCUGGAAUCCUGAAGACCAGCACUACCAUAUCAGAGGCGUGAUGCCUCCUGAUGAAUACUACUACAAUGUUGACAACUCAGUGUACACAAACAGUGUGGCCAAAAACAGUCUGCAGUUUGCUGUGGAGUUGGCUGACCUGUUGCAGCAUCCUGCACCCCCAGAGUGGCAGGAGGUGGCUGAUAAACUUAAAAUCCCCUUUGAUCAAGAACUAAAAUACCACCCGGAAUUUGAUGGUUACAGAAAGGGAAGUCCAGUAAAGCAGGCGGACGCAGUGAUGCUAGGAUAUCCACUAGGUCUCUCUAUGAGCCCCGAGGUCAGACGGAAUGAUCUGGAAUGGUAUGAAGCAGUCACUGACCCACAUGGUCCUGCUAUGACCUGGGGGAUGUUUGCAGUGGGUUGGUUGGAGCUCAGCGAAGCUCAGAAAGCACAACAGCUUCUAGAUAAGUGCUUUCAGAAUAUCCAGGGUCCCUUCCAGGUGUGGAGUGAGUCGUCUGAUGGCUCUGGAGCGGUCAACUUCCUCACCGGUAUGGGUGGGUUUCUGCAGGCUUUUCUGUUUGGGUACACUGGCUUUAGGGUACAAAAGGACUGUCUGUGUUUUGCUCCUCUGAUUCCUGAUGAAUUGGCUGUGCUAAGUGUGAAAGGUGUGAACUACCUUGGUAAUAAGAUGGACUUGUUGGUGGAGAAACAAGAAGUCAGUGUUGCAGUGAGAAAGCAAGCAGAGGAUUCCGGGAGUGAGGAGCCGUGUCCUCUGGAGAUUGUUCUGGAAAGCUCUGGAAAGAUAAUACCUCUUAUACCAGGCCAGAAGGUGACCUUUCCACAGCAAGCUGGCAAGAUCAAAAAACAACGUUCAAGCUCAUACUGCUGGCCUCUCUGAUGAACCAGUCAUGAACCAGAGUGAUGCUGUAAACAUUGCAACCCUCAAAGAUUCAUUAAAUACAAUUAAGGAAUUA